AUGUUGCCAUCGUAUGCUUCCUCGGCCACCUCCAAGGUGAUGCCCCGGCAUCACGCCAGUGGCUACUCCAAUGGAUACCCACGGGGAAACACCUUCGAGAUCUCCCCUCACAGAUACCAGCCGCGCGCAUCAACACCGGCGAAUCGCCGUCGUCAACGCUUACUGACCCGCCUCGUCAUCGUCGUCGCUGUCGCCAUCCUCCUUCUCGUUUUUGUCUGGCCCGGGGCCUCCUUGACUUCGAUAUUUUCUCUCGGCCUGUUGUCCGCUACCAACGAGCUUCAACUUGAGACGGUACGAUACUAUGAUCUCGGCAAUGUGCAAGGGACUGCCCGAGGUUGGGAACGCGAGGAGCGCAUUCUCCUUUGCGUGCCUCUAAGGGAUGCCGAACCGCAUUUGCCAAUGUUCUUCUCCCAUUUGCGAAACUUUACCUACCCUCACCACCUCAUCGACCUUGCCUUCCUCGUUUCCGACUCCAAGGAUCGCACCCUCCAGGUUCUCUCCGACAUGCUUGAAGAGAUUCAGGCCGACGAAGACGCGAAGCAACCGUAUGGAGAAAUAUCCAUCAUCGAGAAGGAUUUUGGACAAAAGGUGAACCAGGACGUCGAAAGCCGCCACGGCUUUGCUGCUCAGGCGAGCAGGAGGAAGCUGAUGGCGCAAGCCCGGAACUGGCUCUUGAGCGCCGCGUUGCGACCUUACCACUCAUGGGUGUACUGGCGGGAUGUCGACGUUGAGACGGCCCCUUUUACCAUUCUUGAAGAUCUCAUGCGUCAUAACAAGGACGUCAUUGUGCCAAAUGUAUGGCGCCCUUUGCCCGAUUGGCUUGGCGGAGAACAGCCAUACGAUCUCAAUUCGUGGCAAGAAUCAGAGACAGCGCUGGCUCUUGCGGAUACACUCGACGAGGACGCCGUGAUUGUCGAAGGCUACGCCGAAUAUGCAACCUGGCGGCCUCACUUGGCAUACCUGCGAGAUCCAUACGGCGAUCCAGACAUGGAGAUGGAGAUUGAUGGAGUGGGCGGUGUCAGUAUAUUGGCCAAGGCUAAGGUGUUCCGAUCCGGGGUCCAUUUCCCAGCUUUCAGUUUCGAGAAGCAUGCCGAAACUGAGGGGUUUGGAAAGAUGGCCAAGCGGAUGGAAUAUACCGUGGUCGGUCUGCCGCAUUACACAAUUUGGCAUCUUUAUGAACCCAGUGUGGACGACAUCAAGCAUAUGGAGGAAAUGGAGCAAGAGAGGCUCGCGAGAGAAAAGGAGGACGAAGAGAAGGCCGAGAAGGCCAAGAAGGUCAAGGAACAGUUCGGGGAUGCAAGCAGUCAGUGGGAGAAGGACAAGUCGGAUAUGCAAAAUCUAGUGAGUGAAGAAAAGAAGGAAGCCAAGGAAGCGAAGGGGGCCAAGGAGGCUGGAGACAAGAAGCAAGCAGCAGAUAUGGAGGAGACCCCGGCAAAGAUGGGAAAGAAGGAGAGGAACGACGCUGCUUUUGCCAAGAAGGCAGAGAGUUGA